GAGACUGGGAGACAGAAAUCAGAAUGCCGGAACGGCCGCCGCUCGACGUCCGUCGUUAGUUUCAGCGCCGCUACCUCCAUCGGUAGCCCAACCACCCACCGUCUUCCCUUCCGUGAGAAGAAACUAGGAGCCGUUGCUAUGGAAGAAGAGACCAAAUUCAGCUCUAGUUCAUCACAGGAGAAGCCUCAGGAACUCGCGUUGUCGCUGCCCAACAACAUCGAGAAGAAAGAGAAGAAGAAGCCGUUGAUGACUAUUGAAGGGUACCCAAUUGAGGGAUUGUCGAUUGCUGGCCUGGAAACCUGCAUAAUCUUCCCUUCACUUGAUUUGGCUUUCGAUAUUGGUCGGUGCCCGCAACGAGCAGUCUCUCAGAACUUCGUCUUCAUCUCCCACGCUCACAUGGAUCACAUAGGAGGGUUGCCCAUGUAUGUUGCCACCCGUGGCUUAAACCGCAUGAAGCCUCCGACGAUCAUCGUGCCCACAUGCAUCAGAGCAACCGUUGAACAACUUUUUGAGGUGCAUCGGCAGUUAGAUGGAUCAGAGCUGCGACAUGUUCUUGUUGGUCUAGAUAUAGGGGAAGAGAUCGCCAUUAGACGGGACCUUAAAGUAAAAGCAUUUAGGACACACCAUAGAAUAAGGAGCCAGGGUUAUGUUGUUUACCAAGUGAAAGAAAAACUUAAGCAAGAGUAUCGUGGUCUAUCCAGCAAUGAAAUAAAAAGCCUAAAAUCAUCAGGUGUAAAGAUAACAGACACCACGAGUCACCCUGAAAUUGCUUUUACUGGUGACACAAUGAGUGACUUCAUCUUGGACGAGGGUAACAGUGAUGUUCUGAAAGCAAAGAUUCUCGUUAUGGAGUUGAUAAUACUGGUAGAAGGGCUGACUAUGACAAUCCGUACACAACAGUGCACUUUUGUUGAGGAGAGGGUAACAGUGGAGCAUGCUCGAGAGUAUGGUCACACCCAUCUGUAUGAGAUAAUUAAGCAUGCGGACAAAUUUCAAAACAAGGCAAUCCUUAUGAUCCAUUUUUCAGCCCGUUACACGGUAGAGGAAAUCCAAGAAGCCAUGUCAAAACUCGAGGCACCUUUGGCUGGCCGAGUUUAUACACUCACUGAAGGUUUUUGACAAGACUGAAGGGUUUGAACAGACUGAAGGCUGAGAGGCUUCUGCAACUUUUACCUCUUCACUGGCUCAAGAGAAGGCUGUUCCAACACCAAUGAACUUUCGUAGUCAUCGUGAUUUGUACAGUUUAUGUAACCUGGUGGAGGCUCAACAGAUUCAACUUGGAAGUCAGCACUUUUUCGAAUGCAAGCAAUCCUGGUAGUACCUUAGACAUGAAUCAAAUUUAAUCCUGGGCAAGCAUGGCUUCUUGCUGCAUGUGUGGAACUCUUGUUCGCUGGAAGGUGUACUCUGUGGGGAUCAUAUGUCAUCUGCUCCAGAAGCAUGUUCAAUUGAAACAUUUGCCCUUGUGUUGUUUACUUGCUCCUCUGCCGGCCAAAAUAAAAUGUUAUAUUCCCCCGGUCUGGACAAUCAUUAUCUUGUUGUGGCUCAAUGCUAAUCUGGGUUUGCUCCCGCCACCUAGUUCGAUGAUAUUGCUUUCCCAAAUGUGUAGCCCGUUGGGAUGUACAUAUUUCAUGAUGAAAACUCCUUUUUCAAUGUAUUUCCCUCUUUCUCAGUUUAUGUCACAACUUUGAUUCUAGUCAGAGACAAUAGCAAUUGAGUUGAGAC